AUGGCAACGGAAAGCGAUUCUGAUCUCGCAGGGGCCCUCGAAGAGGAGUUCCGUGAAGCGCAGGAGUCGCCGGACAGGACGGGGCACCCGUCACAGGAAGAGGAGGAAUCCGAAGUUGAUCCUCCUUAUGAUCGCCCAAUCCCCACUGCAGUCGCUAGUGAUGGCCGGUUGUUCGGGCUUGGCCCAGGGGCCCUGGAUGCGCUGAUGGUAGUGUCAGAUGAUGAUCAAACCGCCGCGCGAGUCCAGGUGGAAAGUUCUCCUGAUGGUGGGAGUGUGUCGACCAGGCGAGCCAAGACUGAUGUUAGGGGGCGAGGACGUGGACCUGGUGGUGAUGAGGAUGAGUUGAUCCCGGACGGGGGAAUGCGUUCCAGGCAGACAGAACCACGUGAUAGCUCUGAUGGUGCUACGACUGGUCAGCCUAGUCAAGUUCAGAUCCUAGGCCAGGAUAUGAUUGCCGAGAUGUUUGGUCAAAUGAGCACGAUGAUGCAGCAAACAAUCCAGUGUCAUGUUGUGCCUGCCUUGGACCGAAUGAUGGUUGAACAGGCGACAAUGGCUUCAAGAUUGGAAAGACUGGAACAAGAGCCUGGCCGCUCGUCAACUUCGCCUCAGGGCGUUGUUGGUGACGUAGCAAGCCAGAUGGAAACGUUGAACCUGUCAUCGCAGGACGCGGUGAACUUGGAUGCUCAGUCCAGAAACUCUGGUGGAGACAAGGUGGACAUUGUCAAACCGACGAUACACCGGAUGGGAGACGCUAGCGCGGCCGAAGGCAGCAGACGGGCUGAGAGGGGGCAGGUGGUGGAUCCGAGUACAUCUAAUCUGCCAGCCGUUCAGCCAGCCACUAGCCCAGAGAUCGAGUCGAGAACGCGUAACGUCGCUAAGGUACUCAGCGUCGCGAUUUCAAGCCAGGUUCUGGUCCUCAGUCAGGACGGCAAGGGUGGGGCCAAGGGUGUGGGCAGUGGAGAAACCCCUGCGUGCAGACUCUGGAAAACGGAUGAUGGCUGCCGCUACGGUAAGGCCGAAUGCCCGCAUGCCAAACAUCAGCCACAAGGUGCGGGUGAGCCAUCGAAGGAGGGAGCUAAGGAAGCUGCUAGAAAGGGUCAAGGGGGCGGGGGUAAGGGCGGAGCGAGUAGUUCCACUGCCGACGUUGGCAAAACGAGCCGUGAUGACCUGUUGGCCAAGGCCAACGCAGUCCUUGAUACCAUACAGUCAUCCAUCAAGAUGAUAGAAGAUAAGAGCCCUUAUCCUUCUAGGCCUGGUGAGGGAGAAGAGACUGGCCUCAUUGAUUCGGGCGCUACCACCUCCAUGCGGCAGAGACGUGAGGGAGAAAGAGCUGUAGGCAGCAGGAUGGUUAGUUUGGCCCAGGGUGAAAUUGAGCUUGGAGUGAGCGCAGGUAUCAUUGUUCCAGUGUCUGUGCGGAGUGGAUGCCCAAGGGUUACCCGUCAACUCGCCUUGAAGCUGAUUGACAGAGUUGAGAUUGCUCGUGUCCAGGGUCUGAAUACAGAGCGAGUCCAAAAGCUUGGGGUACAUGACAAGGUCUGGCAAGGGGCAGCAAGUCGGUUGAAGGUGUCGAGGCUCACGAGUGGAGCUCAACCUCCUAGAGCCUUCAAUCGUGGGAAGCGUCGUUCCAUCGAGAUGGCCAAGGGAGUGAUACUUCACUUAUGCUGUGGCUCUUCACGAAGAGCAUUUGAUGAGGUUGCAGCCAAGCAUGGGAUGGUUGUCCUUGCAGUAGACAGCCAAGAAGACCUGAACGACCCCUCGACGUAUUCGUACAUUUUAAGCCUUGCUGCCCGAGGGAAGCUGAAGGCAGUCCUGUCAGGGUUUCCGUGUCGAACUCGAUCGGCAUUGAGGGGGCGGGGUGAGGGUCCACCAGUCGUUCGGGAUCGUGAUGGCCCUGGGCGGUGGGGUAAGGCUGGGAUCUCCGCGCGCGAGGAGGCGAAGGUUUGGGAGGAUGAUCAGCUCAUGAUUCGUACAUUCAUGCUUGGGGUAGUGGCCAAAUGGGGUCUUUCCACGCUUGAUUCCGAGGAGGAGCGGUGUUUCAACUUUAUACUUGAGAACCCCCAAGACCCCAAAGAAGUGUUUGGUGAGUGUCACGCCUCGUAUCCCACGCUAUGGACCACUGCUGAGUUUGAAACUCUUCGAAGGCUCUUAGGCCUGAGCCUCAUCACCCUAGAUCAGGGUCCGUUGGGACACGUGUGCCGUAAGCCAACGACCGUCGCAUGCGUGUCUGGGUACUGGCCCAGCUGGGCUAUGGAUCUAAAGGGGCCGGGAUGGGCUAGUGAUGAGCAAGAACGUGGCUCUAGCGAAGAGUGGGCAAAAUGGUCGCAUGGGCUUUGUCAAGCUAUCCGUCAGUCGUUGGACAACUCAUGUAGUAGAAGGGCGGUGUGUGUUCGGGAAGUGGAGGAGCUUCGACGGUUGCGCAUUGACCAAUCUAUGCGGGAUCACGUCUUGGCAGGUCACAUCCCAUAUCGCCGGGACUGCUAUGCAUGUGUGGCAGGUAGAAUACGCCGACCAUCGCAUUUUAGGAGCCAAGUGUCAGAGAGCUUCACACUAUCCCUUGAUUUGGCUGGUCCGUUCAAGGAGGGGAUGAGUGAGGGGUGUAGGGCCAGAUACUUCUUGGCAGCCGUGUUCUCUGUCCCAAGGUCUCCUGAGCUCAACGGGUUCCUAGGAGCUGAGCCUUUUGAAGAUCCGGAGGAAGUUCCAGGUGCAGGGGUUGGGGACCUGCCACAAGAGGGUCCUUGGGAGGUGGAAGAGUCCGAGGAGGAGGCUGUAGAAGUUCAAGAGCAGGAUCAGGCUCCGGAGGAGGAAGAACCUCAGCCCAUGAAAAAGUUAGAGCUUGUCCACUUGCCGUUUGUGGCAAUGCUCCGCACAAAGGGGGCUCGGGAGGUCCUUGAUGCCGUGAAGGGGAUUGAGGCUAGAUUGGUGGCGAUGGGGUGUAAUGUUGCACGCCUGCACACUGAUGCCGGGGGAGAAUUUUGCAACAAGCUGAUGCGGGAGUGGACACGCACUAGAGGGAUCCACAAGACCAACACGGGGGGGGACCGGUUUCGGGCUAACCCAUUCGCUGAGAACCUAAUUGGGAUCUUGAAAGGCCAGGCGCGGACGCUGAUGCACCACAUGGAUACCCCAAUUCCAGAUUGGCCCUACGCCCUUCGGCACGCGUGUGCUGCGCGGUUUCGCGUUGAGGCCUCUAAGCUUGGCUGGAAUGUGCCAAGGCUCGUUCCAUUUGGUGCGAAGGUGCAUGUGUUGCAGAGAAGCUGGCACAUCCAUAAGCGAGGAGAGUGGGUGUCGCGGGUCGUUGGGGCUAGGCUGUUGUGUCCCUCUAGGGAGUUGUCAGCUGGCUAUCUUGUCAGGACUGAUGCGGGCGAGCUUUCAAACACUCCGUGUGUGUUUGCCGACCUUCAGACAGUAGAUCCAGACUCCUUCGAGAUUCCUCCCGAAAAGGCCAAGGUAGGCACGCGAGCAGUUAAUCCUGACGUUCGGGUUCGUGGCAAAACCACUCUAGGAGUUAGGCCAGCAGUAGCUGAGGCCGAAGCCAAGGGUUCUGAAGAGAGUGCUCGAGAGCAUGUUGCCAAGAUUCAAGAUGUGUUGUCUGAAGAUGAGCAAGCGUGGGGCUUGGCCUCCAGUGAGCAUUUUUGCUUAGAUCGGGCCUCGCAGUUCUUGUUGGGCACCAGCUGGUUGCAGUCUCCGUCGGGUCGCUCGAGGGUGGGAGUUCUUGACGAGGGCGGCUUUGCAAGAGUUUUGGGGUUCUAUCAGCAUGGGGGGGUGACCGGAGUGACUCGGGAAUGGGCGCGAUUUCCAGGCUUUGCCAAGUUGCUAGCUCGUAUGGUUGCUGCUGUCAAUCCCAAGCAUGAGUUCACUACUCUCACAAUCCUGAAUCAAACCCGCGCCAAACCACACAGGGAUAAAUACAAUCUGCCGGUGUCAAACUUGAUUUUACCCCUUCGGGUUCCGCCGUCCGGGGGAGGGAUCUGGGUCGAGAGGGCGCUGGGGGAUGAUGCUCGAUGGGUUACUCCCAAGAUGCGGGUGGCAGGGGAGGUGCAAUCUCUUACGCCGUUUCAACCAUGCUACUUGGACCCACACAAGUGGCACGCAACAGAGGGUUGGCAAGAGGGUUCGCGUGUGCUGCUCGUGGCGUAUAGCCUAAAAGGUAUCAGCAGGGCGACUGCGGAGCAGCGUCGAGGCUUGCAAUGUACGGGGUUUCGGCUACCGGUUGUAUGUGCUGCUGGUGAUGACCAGCAGGGGGGAGACCUCCAUAUAGAUCAAAAAGUUCAAAAACCGACGCCUCAAGUGUCGCGUACUGGUCAUGUCCUCGAGUUUUCGCCCGCGCAUGCUCAUGACUUGGAGCGCAGUGAGAGUCAUAGAGAUUCAGAGCGCUGUGAGGGUCGAGAGAGUGCCGGGGGUGUUGAGAGUCAAGGGCAUUUCGUGUGUCAUAUGGGUCGUGGGGAUCCGGGUGAGUGUGCUGGCCCUGAAUGGAAAAGGGGCAUUCUGAAGUGUGGGAAAGGGGGCUCCCGCCAGGCGUCAGAAAGUAGGCGCAUAAGGUGGAGUGGGCCAGCUGUAGAGUGCAAGGUCGCUGAGGAUGCAAUGUCAACUUGUGCUGUGUAUCACAAUUCUUCGUGUCCUUCGUGUGCAAAAGAUCCAAUUGGUUUGUGUUCGAUUGCAGAGAGGGACGUUUUUUCCUAUGCGAGUGGUAGUUUAUCGCUUCCAGCUCCCCUUGGCCAGUCAGUCAGCGCUGGGUGGGGGGCUCGUGGGGGCGAUUCGUUUGUAGGGUCACGUGAAGGUGGCCAGGAUGGGGACAGGGUGGAUCGUGGAGGUUCACGUUGUCCGGCUUUGGAUGCUCUGAUCCUUGGUCAGUUUGAGGGGUUGGAGGGUGAUGGGGCCGGUGGGCUGUUCCUGGAAGGUCCGGGGGAGCUUGAGGCCUGUAGCUUCGACAGGGUCUGCGUUGCUGGAGGCGACGCUGUGCAGGAUCCUGAUUUCCAGCAGUUGGCGUUGAAGUCGCUGGUUGCUCGCGAGUGUAAGAUCGCGGGAAAAGGGGGGUAUCCCGAUAAUGAGCUGCAACAUCUAGAAGGUGUUGUGGAGGACAUCAGUCGUCUGGAGCAGUGUUGCUGUAAGGCGGAUUGCAUAGAGUACUCCCUUCUGCCUGAUGCAGAGGUUCUCACCACACAUACUGUACCGCUAGAUGAGGUUGAGCGUCACUAUGAGCUUUGGGCUGAUGCAGUUCAGGAGGAGGUGGACUCACUUGUUCAUGAGAAAAAGGCCCUUAAAGUCAUUGACGCAGCUGAGUUAGAGAGGCUCCAGGCCCAGGGAACCAAGGCGACGGUAAUACCUAGCAAGGUUGUUUGCACGCGCAAGGCUGGGGGGAGAUUCAAGGCUCGCUUGGUUGCGUGUGGGAAUCACCUAGGGGGCCAGGAAAAGAACAAGGAUGGGGCUAGCCUCUACGCCGGGGGGGUCGACCCAGGGGUCCUUCGUCAAGUUGCGUCUAUUGCCACAAAGAGGGUAUGGGCCGGGGGAGCUACUGACAUAAAGACGGCAUUUCUAAACGCAGAGUUGCUUGACAGACAUCAGCCCCGUGUUAAGCCGCCUCCGUUGUCCCAAGAGAUCCCUGAAGAAGUGAUCGUGCUGAAGGUGCCGGGAAUUGUGUCUCGACCUGGCCACCUUAGUCGGCAACAGUUCAUGCUGGUCCAGAGAGCAGUCUAUGGCAUAGACCAGUCUCCUAGAGACUGGGGGAUCACCAGGGACGUAGAGAUAGCUAGUAUGGUAGUGCAUGUGCAGGGGACUGCCUGUAAGUUUGAGCAGAGCCGGUGUGAUUCAAACUUGUGGUUCUUACGCCCGCUGCCCGAGGCAGGCAAGGAGCAUGAGUGGAGAGAGCCGCGAGCGUGUUUGCUGGUUUAUGUCGAUGACAUUUUGGCGUUUGCGAAAAAGGGGCUUUUGGAACAAGUGCUUGGCAUGAUCACGUCAAAAUGGAAAUGCGGGAAGGUUGAAUACAUCCCCGAAACGCUCGCCGACCCUCCGUUGAAGUUUUUUGGGUUUGAGCUGAGAUGGAGCGGGCGCGAUCUGCUGUUGAGUCAAUCAGACUAUAUUCGAGAUAUGGCAAGUAGAUAUCCGGAAGCCCCGCGUGUGUUUACCCCAGCUAGCCCCGGUGGAAUAGAAGUUGAAGAGGCGUCAGAGCAUGCUGCUGAAGACGUUGUAGCAUGUCAGGCGGCGCUAGGGGAAGCACUUUGGGUGGCGUACCGCACGCGACCAGAUGCCAUCUUUACAGUGUCUAGAUUGGCCCAGCUCAUCACAAAAAAUCCUGCAAGGGUGAAAGUGUAUGCAUUGCAUCUAGUGGGAUAUCUUGUCACGACCCAAAACCUUUGUCUCCGCUACAAGGCAGAGCACGCCAGGCAGGGUGAGCCGGGGGCGACUACAACAGUAGAUUCAAAAGGGGUGAUUGAAGCCAUGACUGAUAGCUCAUUCGCGCCCGGGUGCGAACGAUCCCAGGAAGCGGUGUAUGUGUAUACAGAAGGUAGCCUUACUGGGUGGAUUACUGCCAGGCAGCCGUUUACGGCAGCUAGCACUGCUGAGGCGGAGUUGCUAAGCACGAUGUCGGGGUUCUGCUUUGGCCGGGCCCAAACUUACAUCCUUUGGGAGUUCUUGGGCACUGAGCCACAGCUAACAGUGGUUAACGACAACAUGGCGAGCAUCGCAAUCGUAAAUGGGGACUCCAACAACUGGAGGUCCAGGCACCUCCGCAUUCGGGCACAUGUCCUUCGCGAGCAGGUGAGGGCUGGAGCGCUGACUGUGGUGCAUAUAGAGGGCGCAAAGAAUGUUUCAGAUGCUGGAACUAAAUCCUUACCCCUCCCUAGACUGUCAUUGCUUCGGACAGGAAUGGGUCUCUUAGAGGGGCCUCGCCAGGAGGUUGAAGCACCUAAGGUCAAGGCUCUGAUGGAAGUGUCUGCUAAUCAGAUUCGGGCGGCAGUCUUGGCGGCAGCUAUUGCUGCAGCAGACGCUCAGGAACCUGAGCCUAUCUCCGGGCACGCUGGGACUUGGGAGUUGUGUGUGUUGCUUUUCCUAGUUGUGUGCACGACUAUCUGUAUGUGGGAAACCGUAAAGGGAUGUGGGCGUUUGUUUGGGCGUGUUCUUGAGAGACGAGGGGCAGAGAGCAGAGUCACUGUUGAGCCUGAUGGAGAGCAGAGCCCGUCAGAGAGGAGUGAGCCGGAUGCCGAGGACGAACAUGUUGAACGCAGUGAGCGAGAGGGUGUCGUUGUCAGGGACCCUGAGGACCAGGAUGAUCAUGAUGCUCGUAGAGGGAUAUGGGCCGCUGACGAAGGUGAUGAGACGCAGCAACUCGGGGAAGUGAUUGCUCAGUUCCAGUAUGUCGAUGAUGUGGCUGUGCUUGCGCGGCGGGUUGAGAGAGAGGUGCAGAAUCAUGCCGUCGGCGUUCCGCCUUGGCCUAUGGGUGGGGUUCACAACGAAAACGGCCCUCAAGGCAUUCCAGUUGAGGUUGCACAUGCUAUCCACCGUGAGGCAGAAGCCUUAUUCCGGGUAGGGGCUGUGCGGCUGGUAGACCUUGAUCAGUAUCCUUUUUGGUUGAGAGAUGAUUGGCCACCAGCUCCUAAUCAGCCCACAGUGGAGUUCCUCCAGCAGCACCAGUCUGCGUGGGGGGGGCUCGAAUCAGCCAUCCACCAGCUGCCUCCCAACGAGUACUACAGGCGAGAUGAAUGGAGCACCCCAGGCAAUCGUCCUGGAGUUCUGAUUCGUUGGCAUUGCCAGCCUCGAAUCAGAAUGUUCUCACCUCGUGGCACCCGAACUCCGAUUGAGUUGGGACGGCUGAGCGGGGCCAGACGUACUUUGGCAGUCUAUCGUGAUGGCACCCAAGAGAUCAUUGAUGAUGAUUGGACCGAGGGCAGAGAUGGCAGAACGUUCCUGAGGAUGCAGUUUCAGGGAAGGACUGAGCUGUUCUACCGCUGA